GCACGUGGUACUGCUUACUAACAAUGAACUGAAGUACAUUUCUCCAACGGCGAGAGAAGUUGACCUUCAUUAUCCUCAGUCUUGAACCCGGCCAGUUCUAGUGCGGACCCCUAGUUCAUUGAAAAGCGACAUUGUUUCUUUAAGAUUCGACUUUCAGCCAUCAGCGGGUCUGUCUGUUCAUUGUUGGAGAGAGAGAGAGAAAGAGACAGCGAGUUGAGAUUGAUAUACGGGUGCUGAGGACAAGUCGUGCAUAAUAUCAUCGAGCAGCUGGGGUGGAAAGCAGCACAGAAGCCCGGUAUUGAGCGCACAUCCUACCAGAGACAACAUGGGUUGUUAUGACUGCUGUAUGAAGUGCCUGGGAGGGGUACCAUAUUGCUCCCUGGUGGCCACUCUGCUGUGUUUCUCUGGGAUCGCUCUGUUCUGUGGCUGUGGUCACCAGGCCCUCACUGAGACGGAGAGACUCAUCGAGACAUACUUCGCCCGUAACCUACAGGACUACAUUACCCUGGCCUACCUUAUCCAGUACUUCCAGUAUGUUAUCUAUGGCUUGGCUUCAUUCUUCUUCCUCUACUGCAUUGUACUGCUGGCGGAGGGAUUCUACACCACCAGCGCCGCGAAGCAGACCUUCGGAGAGUUCAGGAGCACCCUGUGUGGACGAUGUCUUAGUAGCACG